UAGCGGACGAGCUUCCCAUUGAUCGCUGUGCUUACUGGAGACCCCAUAGAUAUUUGUGGACGGGGGUUCACAUGUCACAGAACGGAAUCCUAAACAUUUCACGGGACGAUGCUGGCGAGAGUAGACGUGUGUUUAUCCUUAAGAAUAAUAAUGGUGGUUGCGAAGCAAAUACGAGUGACGGACGGGCAAUGUCACAGCUACUAUCCAGAUCACCCACCAUAAACUCCGUCAGUAGUCAACAUGGCGGCAGUGUCACUGAUAACGGAAGGAUUGCUAAUAGUGACAGUGAUAACGUCAUAAAUGGGAUGCUUCGGUCAGGGGAUGAGGUUGACCCUACCAGUGAUUUAGGGGCGGAUUUGCAACAUAUCGAAGAGUGGCUCAAAACGCGUAGUGACAGUCUUUCAAGUUUCGACUUCGACCCUGACAUUAAGCCCUCGGAGAUCGACGAGAGCGAUUUCCUCAAUCUCAAAACUAAUGUGCAGCUGAAUGUGGGAGGGCAGGACUAUGGACUGGUCUUAUCGAAGGAUGGUGCAGGGGAAUCCUGUGGGACGCUGCAGAGCCAGCUCUCCUUCCCAGACUUGGGUGAUGGCCUAUGUGGCUCAAGCAGCCGUCGGAGUAGCUUUACCAAGAAGCUGGAAACGUUAAUGCAGGUAGAUAAGGGGUUGUUUGAGGAGUUACUUCUGACGGAUCCUAGCAAGAAACUGGGAGGUAAGAGAGUGGAAAAUGGCUUGUCGUUACCAACAGAAGAUCGCGGUCUAUUUGAAGAACUGCUGCUGCCAGGGGGUCAGGAAGAAUGGGCACGUCAAACGCAGGAACUUCUGUUGGCCGUGUCCCUGGAAAAGAAGGAGACUGAAGCGAGCGAUCCGAGUCCUCUGGCUGACAGGGACGAAGGCCUCUCGGGCGCAAUGAGCUGCCCUGUUUCACUUCCUGAGAACACCCAAGAAGUGACGGUCAGUGAAACGGCCGAUGAUUUAGAGUUAAUGGUCAAUAAUAUUCAACCAAUUAAACUUAUGAGUCCGCAAGAAAUUGAAAAUAUGGCAACGAGACCUUUGGGUUUUGACGAAACGCCAAUUAAGACUGAAGAACAAAGAAACAGAGAAGUGUCUCGCCGCCUAGAAGAGGAGGAUUUUAAUUUCUAUCCAUUUGGGUCAAGACCAUCAGAAGAUAGUAGCACCCUUCCUACAGACCUCUUAACCAGUCCUAAUAGUGAGGUAGAUAGUAAGUUGUCAAGUAUAUUGGCAAUGGACGCCUCAAAUGAUCCUUUAGAAAUACAGAGUCCAGAAGGUAGUGAUAUGUUAGAAAGCUUUAGUAAAACGCCACCAAAAUUUGAAAGAAGUAUUUCUCCUGGGACAUUUUUGGUGAAAUUAGAACCCCGGGAAAAUCAAAAUAACCUUGAUCUCACUUAUAGUAAAAGUUCACAAGUUCCAAGCUCAUCAGCCUCUAGUCAUUCUACAGUUUCAAUGCCACCACCAGUUUCUGUUGCAGCGACUGCAUCUUCAAUCUUCAGCACCUUUUUGCCCUCUUCUGUGCUUGACGUAAGUGAUAUCACAACCACUGCCAUGACGGGCACUGAGACAUCAACAGUGAGUAGCUCCCAGGUUCCAGUCACAGCGAGUGUUACUAAGAUAUUUAAUUCUACCACAACAACAACAAUCACUACACCAACAGCUUCAGUCAAUAUAGCACCCAAAAGCCUGUUAAAAAUACCAACUGGUCUUAUGCACGCAGCCCUAAAGAAACUCCCCAUUAAUAUGUUCCAGUCAAAGGUUGCUACUGUACCUGUGUCUUCUAGCAUCAGCUCUGUCACAACAUCAGUAUCUAGCACAACUACCAGUACCACUUCACAGGUGGUUAGGCCUGCUCUUAUAAUUCGGCCACUUAUGCAUAAUACAACCCAGCAGCAAGUGAGACCUCCUACACAGAUUGACACAAGAACUGAUAGCGUGGCAAAGGAAGGUGCUCCCCUAACGUUAACACCUCUGAAAGUAGUUGCAUUACAGUCCAGCAAGCCAGGAACUGCCAAUGUAACCAUUACUGUUGACCGCAAAGCAAAUCUCACCACUGUCAGCAUUGUGUCUUCCAAUAAUGAACAUACACUUUUCAAGAUUAACACCUGUGACUUGGUGCGUGCUGUAUCCAGCAUACGUGAACCUCACCUCGACCCACUUGGUCUUUCACCGGAGCAACUUCUUCGUUCGGCUCACACAGCACACCGACUCAUACAGGAAGUUCACCAGCAAGGAUCUGCUCGUCAGAGGAAGGGUGGUAAAGAGGCUUCUUCUGGGCCACAGAAUUUUGAAAUCAACCAAGUUUUGCAAGAAGUCAAAGCACCAAUAUCAAGAAUGCAGCAGGGGCAGUUGGCACUGUUGAGGCAAGCCACAUCUGUCAGUAGUGCACCUCUUACCACCGUAGCUAGCCAUAAUAACAUUACUAACAAGGCUGAAGCUGACAAAGGGCCUGCAACCAGUAAUGUAAUAACAGGUAUUAAUUCUGCUUUGAUAGAGGCACCUACUUUGGUAAGAUCAGUUACUACUUCAAGUACAUCUCUAAUAUCAACUGCACAAGCUACGACAGUGACAGGCACUGUGUUGUCUUCUGGCAAGGCAGCUGCUUUUAAGCCUAUCGGUCAGAAGCUCCCACCUGAUAGUGUAACUCCAGUAAAGAAUUUUUCCCGUUUGUCUACCAUUACAGCUUCAGACAAGUGCAACGUAGUCAAGAAUGAAGGAGUUGGAGUAUCACUGCGACCAGGGGCACCACCCACCAUGGUGUCUGUGCCUUCCGUUUUGGAUACGUUGUCUGCGUCUUCUAUUCUGUCAGCAGAUCUGCUUCAGGAGUCGAGUCAGUCGCCAUCUUCCUCAAAAAACCAGCAGAAUGAUGAUGAUCUCAAUGAUGAAAAUCCUGAAAUGUGUACUGUUUCAGACGAGGUUGCCAAUAAGGCCUUAGAAGAUCUGGGGAUCCGCAUUGACAACUUAGUCUUUGAGCUUUCACCUCAAGGGGGUAAGCGCUGGUUAUGUCCUAUUCAAGGGUGCAGCAAAUACUUCCCAAAGCUCUCUUCAUUAAAGGUUCACCUUUUGAGUCACAAUGGAAUCCGGCCAUACAAAUGCAGUUAUGAAAACUGUGACUGGGCUUUCUACACAUGGUACAAAUUAAAACGCCAUAUUGAAACUCACUUAAAGAGAAGGGAUUUUGCAUGUUCAGAGGCCAAUUGUAAUAGAAGGUUCACAACAAUUUACAACCUAAAUACACAUAUCCGGUUACAUCAACGGCCUAGGUGCUGGAUAUGCUCUGUACCUGAAUGCACUCGUGCUUAUCAUACAAGGAGGGAAUUGGAGGCUCAUAUGAAAACUCACAAAGAUAUUGAAGCACCAUAUAA